CCGUCCUGGAAGUGGAUUGGGCCGCGGGGCUGCAACGUCAUCCGGGAGGCGUGGCCAGCACUAAUAAAGGCGGGCCCGGCGCGCCCGCCGCAGUUAAGUGCCGCCGCGGCUGGAGUUCGGGUGGUCGGCUGUGGGCGGAGCUCGGCGGUUCAGUCCACUUCAGCCGCAGCGUCGCCCAGGCGGUGUCUCGCCGCGGCCUCGGGAGAGGAGACGGACCCGCACUCCCUCUGUCAGAAAAAUGUCUGCUCCAGCUCAGCCACCCGCUGAAGGGACAGAAGGGACUGCCCCAGGUGGGGGUCCCCCCGGCCCUCCUCCUAACACGACCAGUAACAGACGACUACAGCAAACCCAGGCACAAGUGGAGGAGGUGGUGGACAUCAUGCGUGUGAAUGUGGACAAGGUCCUGGAGAGGGACCAGAAGCUGUCAGAGCUGGAUGACAGAGCUGAUGCCUUGCAGGCAGGAGCGUCACAAUUUGAGAGCAGUGCUGCCAAACUAAAGCGGAAGUAUUGGUGGAAAAACUGCAAGAUGAUGAUCAUGCUGGGAGCUAUCUGUGCCAUCAUCGUGGUAGUUAUUGUAAUCUACUUUUUUACUUGAGAAUGUGCCACCCCUUUCCUGUUCUCCAUUGCCACCCAAACUCAUGUCCUUCUCUCUCUGUCUGUUCUCUCAACAAACUUUUGCAUCUGCCUUCCUCCAUCCCAGCCCAGGCUUCUCCAUCAUCCAUGCCUCCUUUUUUGUUGCAUUCAUUUGCACUACGUCCCUCGACACUGGAAAUGCUGCUCGUGGCACAGUCUGGAAGUCACUACCUGAAGAGCAACAGCUGGUGCCUCCCUCCCACCCCCUGCUUAUGUACUGUCAAGUUCCCCCAGAGCCCAAAAGAGCUGGAGGUCAAGGGUAGGGGAAGGGGAGUGGCUCAGGUGAAGUGCCCAGGAAGCUGCCCAGACUUGGGGAGGAGAAGGUAUGGUGACCCUGGUGUCUCCUAGAAAGGACCGGCUGCUGGAAGAGACUAAACAGCUGGGAAGAUGGCGGCUCAUUCAGGGCCACCCUGGUCAUGUGGAGCUUUUCUCCUAGGCUAGGCAUGAAGAAGCUUAAAGUCCAACUUGGUUUUGGUGUAACACCCUUUUAGAAAGUGAAACUUGUUUUUUGCAAUUAUUUCUGAUCUAUUAGUCUAAGAUUUUCUAUGUCUUUGGGGAUCUUACAACUUUUUACUCUGUUCUCCAUAGGCCUGGAGAACAAACUUUUGUGGAUUGUGAAAAGACUGGGACUCUUGUUUCCAUCCUAGAAGCAGUCCCAUAUGCCUCUAACAGGAAGGAGCUGUCUGUUCUUCAUGUUUUCUGCUGCAUUCUGUUUUGUUCAUGAGGGUACCAAAUAAGUUUUUUCUAGCCAACGUUUUAGCUAGACAAAUACUUUCAUGUAGCUCUCAGUUAAUUGUUGGUGUAGAUGGAGAGACUGCCUGUUAGUUACAGAGAAAUAGUGAGUCAAGGGCCUAAUUUGAAAAUAACAAGCUCAGAGGAAGCCACUCUUGCCCUCUGAUUAAGCAGGGUCUCAUUAUUUCCUUCUUACUAAUAAAGAAACGUGAGGGUGUUAGACAUGAGGCUCUUCCAGAUAGCCCCAUGAGUAUGGGGGAUAAAAGUGAGGACCCAUGGACUCCUGUGAAAUCCUUUUCUCCACACCAUCCCCAUGUACUUGCCAAAGAUAGGGAUGAGGUGAGAGGUUCUUCCCAAGGCCUGGCCCAUCCUGAGGAUUUAGAGAAGUCCAGUAGACCCACCAAUUCCACCUUGGGGGGGAGGCGUGCCAGUCUGUGAUAGGUGUGCUGGUGCAUUGCUGUGCUGCUGUGGGGCCCUCUUGUCUGGCUGCCUCUCUGUUCUUCCUGUAGUAUGCUCCCCUUCAAACCACUCUUACCCAUCUGAAUUCUACUUUGCCUCCUUUGUUUCCCUCUUCUUUGCGUGGUUUGUGCGUACAGACAGUGGAACCUGAGGACGGGAGCUGCUCAGCGCACCUGAGCUUCAGGAUAGGAUGUUAUAUGGGAUAAACUCAGGUGCGAGGGGAGGAGGCAGGCUGGGAACAAAAGGGGAAAUACCCACCCCCUUUAUUCCAUCCUCAGUCCACAAGCAGGAAGAGGCUGAGGCCACACUGGGCUGGGGCUGGAUGCCCACGCUCCAUGCAGCAGCAUUUCACCGUGCAAACCCAUCCUUCCUUUUCCUUCGCCCCUGUUUCCCACAUCCCCUUCGUCCUGCCCCAGGGCAGGACUGAAGAGCUGGAAGAAAGCAGUCAGUGUACCCUCCCAACCGUCCCCCUCGAAGGUCUCCACUCUCCUCUGGGCUCCUCUUUGCCUAAUGCAGGGGGUCACCGCUGGAGAAGAAUCACCACUGUCCUCGAUGUGUCCCAAGCCUGGAGCAAAUCCACCCUCUUGGCCCACCCAGCCCUAUCACGGGAAUUCCUUCCUGGGUUUCCGUCCCUCUGAGGCUCACCAGCUAUAGUCGGCUUUGUCCUUUUAGGGGUGUUAGCCCUUCUACUUUCUUUCUCACCCCACCCUAUGUCCUCUUCUGUGUCCUUGCUGCCCCCCUUCCCUCCCACUACCCCUGUGCAUGAGCAAAUAUGCAACUAGCCCCGGGACUUUGCAGUCAAAUGAAGCCGAGCUUCCCACAUCUCCUCCUUCAGUUCGCCAUGAGAUGAUGUGGGGUUUCCACUGUGUGUCUGUCAUCACCUCUUUGUCUUUUUUUCCUAACCCCAAUCUCACACUUGUAUAGAGUAAUAACAGUUGUAUUUCCACCAAAGGCAUGUGGCAUAUUUACCAAUUUCCUGUAUUCUGAACAAAGGCCAAAAAAAUACAAAUUCCUACCA